UGGCUGUUGGGAACCAGAGCUCUGACUGGAUCUUUGCUGGGCUGGGCAGCAAAGAGGACGAGGCCAAGAAACUCAAGUUCUUGAAUUCCAUCAGCACCCUCAGAAGCCUGCCUGCUUUUAUGAACAAAGCCCUGCUAGUGGAGAAGAUAACGGAGCUGAUUGAUCACGAGUCCGUCGACUCCCUGACCGGUGUGAUGCGUCAGCAAGCAAUGCUUGCCAUCAUGAAGCUGAGCAAAGUGAAGCUACCGGUGCGGAUCCUGACACGACCCAGCCUGCUCACCACCUGCUUCUCCAGCAUCUUCUCCCUGCCUCCAGCACACACCAUGGAGGAGGUGGAGGCUGCUCUCUACACCAAAACUCUGAAAACCAUGGAUGAGAUGCUGAAGGCCUUGGUGUGCGAGGAUAAAGAGCCCAACCUUGUGGUGCUGCAAAUCAUCUUGAAGGUCCUGCUCCCCUGGACUACAUCCAAGGAGGUACAUGAGCGGCUGAGGGCAGUGGGAAGGAUCAGGUGGCUUAUGGAACUCAUGGGGUCUCAGCGCAAAUUCCAGGAAGUGGAGGAGUUCAGAGUCCUGGGCCAGCUGGUGGGGUGUCUCACUCUGUGCUGUGCGGAGCAGGAGCAGGAGAUCUGCCAAUCGGCUGUGGAGGGACUUCACCACCUCUACUCCUUCAUGCUGCAGCUAAAAUCCAAAAUUUCGGAGAAGCUUGGUACAGCGUAUUGGCAGCCCCUCAACGACAGUCAAGUUGAGACAGCCUUCUGGGUCACCAACACCAGCAAUAUCACAUUGAUUUUUGGGAAGUACUUCGACCCGUCUGAAGGCAUGGACUUUCUCCUCACUGCUAUCAACGGCAUGAGAGACUCCAGCGUCCAUGACGCAGUGACGGCCAGGAACAUGCUGCAUACGAUCCUGGAGGUUCCCGGCCUCAGCUUGGGGAGGGUGUCAGAGGCUGUGAGGAGCAUUCAUAACCACCUGGACUCCAUCAGCGAGCCACUUGCCUGGCAGGAGCUGCGCAGGGCCCUUCUCCUGCUGGGCUACCGGUUCAGCGAGGAGGUGGUCAGAACCCUGCUGGGCUGCUCACUUGUUGCUGCGGAGAUGUGGAAGACGCUGACAUCCCAGCCCAAGACCACAAGAAAGAUCCUUGGGGAGCUGGUCAGCAGGCUGCAGGAGCCGGCUCGGCGACGGCAUCAGCUCUCUGAGAGACCGGCUGGCUUCCCCCUCUUGGCCUUGCAGGCCACAAGAGCCCUGUAUGUGAUCCUGCAGGAGCAGGCCUGCAGGGAGGAGGUGAAGGAGCUCUUCCCUCAGCUCUACGUCGUGCUGCUCUUCCACGUCACACACACAGUGCAGUACCCUGCUUCGCAGGAGACGGAGCAUAACAAGAAGGACACGGCCGCACCCCUCAGCCCCGUCAGGGCCAUGGUUUCGCUCAAUUUCCAGGAGCGAAACUGGAUUUUCCACCAUCUCAUGGCCAUCCUCAACGAUCGGGACGAUAGGCGGUACGUCCCGGCCGUGGCGCUCUUCAUUCAGCUCCUCCAGUGCCCUGACCUUGGCAACGAGCUGGAAGACGCCAUCGUGGAGGAGAUGAGCAGGCAGCUGAGAGACCCCCAGACCGUGGUGCGCUGGUUGGCGCUCAAAGGCCUCCUCAAUCUGGCCCUUCUCCCAGAGAAGGUGUCCAGCAAGCUCCGGGUGCUCUCCAUCACCCUUUUUAAAGACCUGCUGGAGCUUGUAAGGGGGCCCAACCGGAGGCAGAUGAAGGAGCAUGUGCUCCAGAGCCUGGUCCCACUGCUCCUACUUGUGCAUGAUGAGUGUCCCAACGUGUCCCAGACCUCAAAGGCUUGCAGCAGGACAGCAAGUCCACAGUCUGAUGCCUGGCUUCUCAGACCAUCUUCAUCCUGGAGGCCUUCAAGAUCCAGCCUCCAGCCUGCUGCGGCCUAUGGACAUUUGUCCAUAGGAUGACCACCAUGUGCACUGCGGAGAGCCCGGUCAUUGAAGCUGCCCAGCUGCCCUAGCUCUGGUAAAAGCCAGCCUCCCUUCUCUGGGGGCUUUUGGCAUCAGACCCCGCCUGGAGCAAGGUGGAACACUUCGUGCCAGACCAUGACUUCUUCCCCAUUGGCUUCCUGCCCUGUCCAGUCACCAGGUACAGCGCCAAAAAUGUACACGACUGGAAAUGGGAACGGAGGGUAGAACAUAAACCCUACACCAGGUGUGGGAACAUGUCAAAAAGUACAUGUUGAAUAAAGCUAUUGAGCAGUUAA